CUAAAAAUGGCAGAAUCUAUACUCACUAACAGCGGUCUCAGGUUAACAGACAAAGUAGCCAUAGUCACCGGAGGUGCCAGUGGCAUCGGCGAAGCGACGGCGCGUGUCUUUGCCGACCAAGGCGCGCGUAUGGUGGUGAUCGCUGACAUCCAAGAUGAGCUGGGCAAUCAAGUGGUUGCAUCCAUAGGCACCCACAGGUGUACCUACGUCCACUGUGACGUGGCAGACGAAGAUCAAGUCCAAAACCUCGUUCAAUCAACGGUUAAUGUUUAUGGAAAACUCGACAUCAUGUUCAGCAAUGCUGGUAUCCUUAGUCCCUCUGAUCAGACCGUGACUGAACUCGACAUGUCCCAAUUUGACCGUUUAUUCGCGGUCAAUGUUCGUGGAAUGGCGGCGUGCGUGAAACACGCGGCGCGUGCCAUGGUGGAGAGGAGCGUGAGGGGAAGCAUAGUGUGCACGGCGAGUGUCGCUGGGAGCCACGGCGGGGUGAAGUCGACGGACUAUACAAUGUCGAAGCACGCGGUGUUGGGGCUGAUGCGUUCGGCGAGUGUGCAGCUUGCGGUGCAUGGGAUAAGGGUCAACUGCGUUUCACCCACCGGGUUGGCAACACCAUUGACGUGUAAAAAGAAAGGGAUGAGCGAGGAGAAGGUGAAAGAGUUUUAUGCGCAAAAUGCGAGGCUGCAAGGAGUGGUCCUCACGCCCAAACACGUGGCGGACGCAGUGUUGUUUCUGGUCUCUAAUGAGUCAGAGUUUGUCACUAGUCUAGAUCUUAGGGUGGACGGUUGCUUUAAUUACGGAAGAUGA